AGAGGGGCGGGCGGAGCGCUUAUUGAGGCCACUAUUUAAUCGCCGCUCGGCCGCGUAACGACCUGUUGUGAUCCCGUCAUGGCGCGCUACGCCCGUAUCGCUUUGGUCGCGUGUCUGUUUUUCGCCUGCGAUUUUGCUACGGCUAACCGAUGGCGACGGCAGGCCGAAGACACCAAGAAAGACGACAACCUGGAGGUUGAGCUAUGCAAGGACAAGGACGCUGGCGAAUGGUUCCGCCUGGUGGCCGGCGAGGGCGACAACUGUCGCGACGUCAUACAAUGUACUGCCUCGGGCAUACAAGCAAUUCGUUGUCCAGCCGGUUUGUUCUUCGACAUUGAGAAGCAGACUUGUGAUUGGAAAGACGCCGUCAAGAACUGCAAGCUAAAGAACAAAGAACGCAAGGUUAAACCUCUGCUUUACACCGACGAACCACUCUGUCAAGAUGGUUUUUUGGCGUGUGGAGACUCAACUUGUAUGGAGAGAGGUCUCUUCUGUAACGGAGAAAAAGAUUGCAUUGACGGAUCCGAUGAAAAUUCAUGUGAUAUUGACAACGACCCCAACAGGGCCCCACCGUGUGAUAGCUCACAAUGUAUUUUGCCCGACUGCUUCUGUUCCGAAGACGGUACUGUGAUCCCCGGAGAUCUUCCAGCCAAAGAUGUUCCCCAAAUGAUCACAAUCACUUUCGACGACGCCAUUAACAACAACAACAUCGAAUUGUACAAGGAAAUAUUCAAUGGAAAACGCAAAAAUCCAAACGGUUGCGACAUCAAGGCCACAUUCUUUGUUUCGCACAAGUACUCAAACUACUCCGCUGUGCAAGAAACUCAUAAAAAGGGACACGAAAUUGCCGUACACUCCAUUACGCACAACGAUGAUGAACAGUUCUGGAGCAACGCUACAGUUGAUGACUGGGGCAGGGAAAUGGCUGGUAUGAGGGUCAUUAUUGAGAAAUUCGCAAACAUCACAGAUAACAGUGUCGUCGGUGUACGAGCUCCUUACCUUCGUGUUGGUGGAAAUAACCAGUUUACCAUGAUGGAAGAACAAGCCUUCUUAUACGACAGUACUAUUACAGCUCCCCUUUCUAAUCCUCCUCUAUGGCCUUACACUAUGUACUUCCGUAUGCCACACCGUUGCCAUGGUAACCUCCAAAGUUGCCCAACUAGGAGCCAUGCCGUUUGGGAAAUGGUUAUGAACGAGCUCGACAGACGUGAAGACCCCACAAACGAUGAGUACUUGCCAGGUUGCGCUAUGGUCGACUCGUGCUCAAACAUUCUUACUGGAGACCAGUUCUACAACUUCCUUAACCACAACUUUGACCGGCACUACGACCAAAACAGGGCUCCCCUCGGUCUCUACUUCCACGCCGCGUGGCUGAGAAACAACCCUGAAUUCUUGGAAGCUUUCUUGUACUGGAUCGAUGAAAUUCUUUCGACACACAAUGACGUGUACUUCACGACCAUGACACAGGUAAUUCAAUGGGUCCAAAACCCACGUACCAUUUCCGAGGCUAAAAACUUCGAGCCAUGGAGGGAAAAGUGUGCGGUAGAAGGCCCGCCUGCCUGUUGGGUGCCCCACUCCUGCAAACUUACUUCCAAGGAGGUUCCCGGGGAAACUAUCAACCUUCAGACCUGCCUGAGGUGUCCCGUCAACUACCCCUGGUUAAACGACCCCACGGGAGAUGGUCGCUACUGAAGAGAUCUCGCGCCUUAGGGGGUGCAAAUUAGUCGCUAUUUUAAUCAAAUGCAAUUGACGAAUUGCACGGACAUAUUAUUCGAGGUCAUGUAUCAAAUUGCUGCCAGAGUCGAAUUUACUUUGAAUUUAUGUCCUUGUAAUUAAAAUGUACCGGGUCACAAUCCCGCUCGUAGUCUAAGUACCUACCUAAAUAUUAAAUGUAAUAUAGACUCACAUGAAUAUUUAAUAGAUCUGUUUUAAAAAUAUGUGAUUUUUCCUACUUUAAGUCUGUUGGAUAAAAUUUUAAAUACAAAUCAUAAAAAAUA